AAGCAACCUUGUGAAGGUCAAGUUAGUAGUGGCGCUGAAGCCGGGGGUUUGAGGAAUCAAUUUUAAAUGAUUAAUCUCGUAUGAAGUAAUCAGUCAUAGUAAGAAAAAAUGAUAAUGAAAGAAAAUGUCGAAGAUUUUCCCAUGGAUGAACUUUCUGUAUCAUCUACAAACUGUGAUAUUUCAUCAUCAUUCCCUGAUUUAGCCAAUUCAGAAUUGUUUAUCCCACAUCCUACUUACAUUCUACCUACAUGCUCUUCAGAUGAAUCAAAUGAUAAUUUAAUUUGUAUGAAUUUCGAAUCAAAUCAUUACUUAAAAGAGGCCAUGAAUACUAUGUAUGAAUUAUUUCAGUCUCGAAAAUUAACUGAUGUCACAUUAUGUGUAAAUUCAGAAUCAAUUCAAUGUCAUCGAAUUGUUCUAGCUGGUGCUUCACCAUAUUUCCGAGCUAUGUUCACUGGUGAAAUGCGUGAAGCACUUUUACAUGAAAUUAAAUUACAUUACAUAUCGGCAAGUGCUUUAAAAAAGCUAAUCGAUUUCGCAUAUACAGGUAGAAUACAAAUAAGUGAACGGAACGUAUGUGAAUUACUCAUAGCUGCUUCUAUGAUUCAAAUGUCUCAUGUUGUCCAAGCUUGUUGUAGUUUUUUAAAGCAGCAAUUACAUCCUUCAAAUGCUAUUGGAAUUCAAGAGUUCGCGCAGUCGAAUAAUUGUUCCGAAUUAUCGUUUGCUGCUCAAAAGUUUAUUGAUCAAAAUUUUAGCGAAAUAGUAAAACAUGACGAGUUUCUAGGACUUCAUCCUAACCAACUUUUAACUUUAAUUAAACGUGAUGAAUUAAAUGUACGAACUGAAGCGGAAGUGUAUAACGCUGUUAUCAGAUGGGUAAAUCAUAAUAGAAAUUCAAGAUCAUCUACACUGCUUGAAGCUUUGUCUGCCGUCAGAUGUCAUACACUUCCUCCUACAUUUAUACAAGGGCAAAUAAAAAAUUGUAGUCUUCUUGCAGGUUUCACUCCUGCAAAAUCUCACUUGCAAAAUAUUCUAGAUGAUCUUAUUAAACACCGUCAUAUCUCAAUAAAUAAACGGACAGCUGGGUCAAUGGAGAUUCUUUACUCAGCUGGUGGUUAUCUGCGUUAUUCACUAAGUGCAUUUGAAUGUUACAAUCCAGUUACAGCUAAAUGGAGACGUCUACCAGAUAUACCUAGCCCACGUAGUGGCCUGUCUGCUUGUUCUGUACGUAGUUGCGUUUAUCUUGUAGGAGGCAGAAAUAAUAAUGAACAAGGAAAUAUAGAUGCACCUCACAUGGAUUGUUAUGAUCCAAGAAAAAAUUGUUGGACUACAUGUGCUCCUAUGUCAGUGCCUCGUAACAGAGUUGCUGUUGGUGUUGUCGACGAUAUGAUUUAUGCUGUUGGUGGUUCAACCAAUACAAUGCAUCAUAAAAGCUCUGAAAAAUAUGAUCCAGAUAUGGAUCAAUGGAUACCGAUAGCUUCUAUGAAUAGUCGACGGAUUGGAUUAGGUGUUGCUGUACUUAAUCGUUUAUUAUACGCUGUUGGUGGUUUUGAUGGUGAAAAACGUUUGAAUACAGUUGAACGUUAUGAUCCGGAAAAAGAUAAUUGGGAAGAGUUAGCUUGUUUAAAUCGAGCUAGAUCUGGUGCAGAUAUUGGUACAAGGAUGCACCAAAUAGAUAUGCACUACACAAAUCUCAUUUGAUUUGUGUGAGAGCUGUGAUACUUCCCGAGUGCCCAAAUCGAAGCAGGUGGUUUUUUACGAGGCCACACCCGGAGCCUUCGACUUGAAGGUCUGAUCUACAGGGCAGUGGAGCAUCGUAAGGAGUGCAGUUACAUGGUGUUGUUGCACUCGGUGAAUACAUUUAUGCAAUUGGUGGAUAUGAUUCCUGUAGUCAGCUAAAUACAAUGGAACGUUAUGAUCCUAAAAGAAAUUGUUGGGAAUACUGUGCAUCUAUGCUACAUCCAAGAUCAGCGUUAAGUGCUUCAGUAUGGGGAAAUGAAAUAUGGGUUUUUGGUGGCUACGAUGGAAGCGAAUUUCUAGCCAGUGUUGAAGUUUAUAAUCCAAUUAAAGAUCAAUGGACUGAACGAACUUUUAUGGAUUGUGGUAAAUCUGGGCAUGCAGUUGUAGUUAGUCGCGGACCAUCAUUUUGAUUGACAAUGUAAACUUUUGUUUUUGUCAAAAAAGAGAUAUUUCCUCAUUUACAUUGGGAUGUGCAGAGAAAACAAACAAACAAGAGAUAAAGAGAAGAUCGUUAGAGCACUCUGUGAUUUUCACCCACUUUUUUGUCUAUUUCUGUUUAUCAGCGCCAAUAUAUAACUAUCAACCUUUCAAUUCCCUCCCUGCUUGUCCUUACUCCUUCUAGUCCCUAUCAUGCUUACCAAAUACUGUAAUUAAGGUACUAGUCGUAGUAAUAAUUAAACUCAUUGAUAAUUUCACUAUGAAAAAUACUAAAACAAUGCUAACCAAUUAUGUUUUAUACUGUUUUUCUCCUUCCUUUUUUAUUCAUCCAGAAUAAUAGUCAUAAAGAUUGUGAAUAUAAUUAGCGAUUUCACUGUUUCUUCGGUAUAUAUGUCUAUAUGUAAUACUGAACGAAUGAAAACUAACCUAAAUUGUACAUUAGUUCUACUCCUGAUAUUCUCCUACAUAAAUUUAUCUCAUUGUAAAAUAUAUGUUCAAACUUGUUUGCCCUUUUUACAGUUUUAAAAAUUUACUAUGCCCAUGUCUACCAAUAAUAUUAAUCAUAACAAUAGUAAUAAUAUUGCAUAUUGUACUUAUAUAUAUCCACUCUCUUUUGCCCUUUUCUGUCCGUACAUGCAUCCACAUAGGUUCUUGUGUUUAUUCCGUCAUUCUCUUGACUUCAUAGUAUAGGGGAUCUAAUUCCUCAUUUUCUGUACAUAAAAAAUGUUAUAUUGAUAUUUGUUUGAUUUUUUAAAGUAUUCUUUGGAACCUGUUGUACAUUAAUUGCAUUGUUUGUUUUGUUUGUCUUGUGUGUGUAUCUUGUUAGUCUUUUUUUUAAACCCAACCUACUACUAGUAUUAGUAUUGUGUAUAUGGAACUUUAAAAUGUAGUUUUCUGUCAUAUAUAUAUCCAUUAAAUUGUUGGGGGAAGAUUUUAACUUGAUACUACUACUGACACUAUUACUCAUAAAAUGGCGUCUGUUUUUGCUUUUCUGGAAUAAACAGUUAAUAUUUGUGAAUGUAAAUGAUAAAAAAUAUUUUCAAUAUUUCAUAGCUUUUCCCUUUCUUUUUAAAAACGUUCAAGAAGAUACAUAUGCACUUUGCUUUGUUUGUUCUGAAUUUGGAAAUGUCAAUCGACCUGACAUGAUGGAUUUUGUUUUAGAUUGGUGUUCGUAAUUCUAUACCGUGAUUUUUAAUUAGUGUACUUUGUAUGUUUGGGUAAUUGCAUUCGUUUCAGUGACGAAUUAAGCUAGCCACUAUGCUUAAUGUAAUUCUACAUUUAGUGAGUGCAUAUUUUAGAGUUUUGAAAUUAUUUUCUACGUGGUUCAAAUUUGGUUGAUCAGUUAAAUUGGUUGAUGCCGUUUGUUCAAACUGCUGGCGACUUUUGAUUGGUUGCUUUUUCCUUUUGAAUUAUCCAUGAUACGUUUUCUUGUUCUGAUAUACUGGAUAACUUUUAGAUUUACCGGAAAUGUUCACUGAAUAUUGUUAUUCUAUGUCAUGUUUGUCUCUUCUUUCAUGAUGAUCAAUUUAUUGGAAUGAAGUCUCCACCACUUUGAACGACUCGAUAUUGAUUUGCACUGUGAUUACAGAUAGUUUAAAGGACUGGGCAAUAAACCUCAGGUUUAGGUCUUGAGCUAAAUAUCAGAAAAGCGUACUUGCAAUCCUGAAAGUGGUUUUACCUAAACGAUUUGGAACGCUCCACUUAACGAUUUUGUUGACACGAUGUAUCUGUUAUACCGAGUUUUACUACUGACCCUGCAGUCGGAUAUCUUUCCUGAGAUCACUGUGUAAGCGAGAUAUUUAACACUUGAAUCUUUACAUCACACAUAUUUCUUCUUGUCAUUAUUAUUAACUUAAGAUUUAUUGUAAAAUGUCUUGGUAUGAGGCUGUAUUUUUAUCGUU